AACAUCUCAGCUGUCCUGUCACCUCUACACUUGUCAUUCCUCCUCAUUCAAGGAGCAGUUUAUCGGUUGCUAUCAGGGAGGAAUGAAGGUCUGAUCUCUGUAUCCACAGAUCCUUGGCUGUACUAACAUCUUCUGAAGAUAAAGUACCUAGUGGACUUUCACUUGGAAAACACAGGUUCGGGAAAUGUUCAAGAAGAAGCAGAAGGCAGAAAGUGAAUCCGAGGCCCCUAGUCCAGAGACUCAGCCAAAUGGAGAGCUGCCCAAUUCAGGGCCUAUUAUCUACUACAUCUAUGAGUCAGAAGAGGAGGAAGAGGAAGAUGAUAAGAAAGAUGAACCUCCACCAGAACCCCCUCGUCCUGUUAAUGACAAGCCCCAUAAAUUUAAGGAUCAUUACCUGAAGAAGCCCAAGUUCUGCGAUGUGUGUGCCAGAAUGAUUGUUUUAAACAACAAAUUUGGAUUGCGAUGCAAAAACUGUAAAACUAACAUUCACCACCAUUGCCAGUCCUACGUGGAGUUCCAGAAAUGCUUCGGGAAAAUACCCCCUGGAUUCCGGCGUGCAUACAGUUCCCCGCUGUACAGCAAUCAACAAUAUGCAUGUGUGAAAGAGCUGCUGCCUUUCUCUGCUGCCAAUCGCACUGAUCCUGUGUUUGAUACUUUGAGGACUGGCGUCAUUAUGGCAAAUAAAGAAAGAAAGAAAGGACAAGAUGACAAGAAGAAUCCUGCUGCUAUGAUUGACGAGGAGACUGAGCCUCCCAAACAAGAGGAGGGAAAGCAGGAAGGAGAUUCUCCUGAUGGUGACAAGAAAGGUGAAAGAAACCCACAGGAUGCAAAGAAUAAGAAGACACAACCAGGUUUCAUGCAGUCGCAUUAUUUUGUCGCCCUUUAUCGUUUCAAAGCACUAGAAAAGGAUGAUCUAGAUUUCCAUGCUGGAGACAGGAUCACGGUGAUUGAUGACUCCAAUGAAGAAUGGUGGAGGGGUAAAAUAGGGGAGAAAACUGGCUACUUGCCAACUAAUUUCCUCCUCCGUGUACGGGCAGGAGAGAGAGUGUACAAAGUGACCCGAUCUUUUGUAGGCAAUAAAGAGAUUGGACAAAUCACACUGAAGAAAGACCAGAUUGUAGUGCAAAAAGGAGAGGAGAUUAAUGGUUACAUCAAAGUCCUGACUGGACGUAAGGUGGGGCUAUUUCCUGUAAACUUUCUGCAAGAGAUAUGAAUAAGAAGGUGUGAAGAGCGACAAUCUAUUGCAUCCAGAGAAGUGGAACAUGACACACUUGUGAACACUGUUAUCACAGCCACAUUUGUGAGAACACUGGCUCACUGGAACCUGCGUUAUUAUCCAUUACCAAUGUGGAUAUUGAUUUCAAUUUGUUCUUUGUGGUUUUAACACUGCUUGAACUUGGGAUGUUAUCAACUAGAACUCAGCCUAUCUAGCCUUUCAUAGAUGACCGGCCAUCAGUUACCUCUCAGGUCCUUGUUUUGGGGCUUCCGGUUCCUACAGCUGCUAGUCAACCAAAGAAAUAAGAAAAAAAUACUGUUAUAACUUAUAAGUGUUUCAGAUGAAAAUGUUUCUGCAUAACAAAUUGAAAACUGAAAUUACAAAAAUACUUUUGAUUACAUUGGUCAACAUGGUGAAUAUUGAGGGAACGUUAUCAAUGUUUUGACAUUGGAAAGAUGUACUGAUCAAUGACCUUGCCUAUAACUAAGUCCUGUGGCUUUGUUAUCUGAGACCUCUUUUAUAGACACGUGUACAAUCGAAAAUGUUAGCUGGCAUAUCAAACGACAUGUUUUCAUUACUGUGUUGUAAUUGUAUUUAUUUUCAGAUAGGUAUGUGUAUAUGUAUGUGAACUCCUAUUUAAUAAUACUCAGUUAGGGUCAUUCAAUGGUUUUUUUUUUAUGUGCACCUAUUUGUCUCACUGGCAGAUUCAAGGGGCUCACUUUAUUGAGUUCUUGAAGCUAUCCCUUUAGAUCAAUCUGUGCCUAACUUUCUAGACUUGUGGGUUUGUAGAUACAAAUGGGCACAGAGAACAAAGGGGGACAUUUACUAAGCAGUGAUAAAAGUGGAGAAGU